GGUGAGCUGGAUGCCUUCCGAGCCCAGGUGCAGAGGGAUUUAGAUGGGCGCCUGGGUAAGAUGGUGCAAGCUUCUCAGGAGAUGGAGGCACGCUUGCUGGAGCUGCACUCGGAGUGGCAGAGCUCGGCACAGGAGCGUCUGCGGGGGAGCUUCCAGCAGGAGGUGGGAAAGCUGGAGCAGGAGGUGGCGGUGCUGAGGAGGGAGCUGGCCGGGCUCAAGUCGGACCAGGAGGUGAUGGGGAAGCACAUGGAGGGGAUGCUGGAGCAGCUGAAGGCGACGCGGGCUGACGUGGAAGCACAGUUCCCGGCAUGGGUCAGUCGGUUCCUGUCGCAGUCCCGGCAGGAUGGCACCGCCGGCCUCAUCCUCCAGCGGGAGGACUUGCAAGAGGAGCUCCAGGCCUUGGAGCGCAAGAUCCUGGCCAAAGUCCUGGAGGACCAGAGGCUGUUGGCACGGGAUGCUCAGGCUGGUAUCGGGGUGGCCCUGCGGCAAGGGGGAGCCGCAGGGAUGACAGAGGAGCAAGUGCACCUCAUCGUGGGCCAGGCCCUGAAGCGCUACAGCGAGGACCGCGUGGGGAUGGUGGACUACGCCCUGGAGUCGGCAGGGGCCAGCGUCAUCAACACCCGCUGCUCGGAGACCUACGAGACGCGGACGGCGCUGCUGAGCUUGUUUGGCAUCCCCCUGUGGUACCACUCGCAGUCCCCCCGCGUCAUCCUGCAGCCAGACGUCAACCCCGGGAACUGCUGGGCGUUCCGUGGGUCCCAGGGCUUUGCCGUCAUCCGCCUCUCCGGCAUCAUCCGCCCCACGGCCGUGACGCUGGAGCACAUU